UAAUUGUGCAAAUAGUGAUUCAUCAUGCAUACUCUAUUCACCGAUCAAAAUACAUUUUCACGCCACUACGCUCAAACCGCCGGCUAUCCCACAUCAGCAGCCACGGCCGCCGGUGCCAUGACCACAGCCUCGGCUGCUGCCGCCGCUCACUAUGCUUACGAUCAGUAUUCCCGCUAUUCGUAUCCAGCCUCCGCUUAUGGCCUGGGAGCUCCUCAUCAGAAUAAGGAAAUUGUCAAGCCUCCUUAUUCCUACAUUGCUCUCAUUGCCAUGGCCAUACAAAAUUCCGGCGACAAGAAAGUGACUCUGAACGGCAUCUAUCAAUAUAUCAUGGAACGCUUUCCCUACUACCGUGACAAUAAACAAGGAUGGCAAAAUUCCAUACGCCACAAUCUCAGUCUGAAUGAGUGCUUUGUUAAGGUGGCCCGUGAUGACAAGAAGCCCGGCAAGGGUUCCUAUUGGACUUUGGACCCCGACUCCUACAACAUGUUCGACAAUGGUUCCUUCUUGCGUAGACGCCGUCGUUUCAAGAAGAAGGAUGUCAUGCGUGAGAAGGAAGAGGCCAUGAAACGCCAGGUUAUGAUGAAUGAGAAAUUGGCCGAAAUGAAGCCUUUAAAGUUAAUGACUGCCAAUGGCAGCAUCAUUGAUGCCAAACACAUGGCUCAUGCUCAUCACUUUAAGAAGGAACCCUUGAGUAUGGAUUUGGGCUGUUUAAGCGGCAAAGAUUCGGUGGCAGCUGGCCUAAGCACCGCCGCCAUGUUAAACUCCUGCCAUGACAGUUUAGCUCAAAUGAAUCAUUUGACUGCCGGUGCCGUAGAUCAUCCUGGAUUUACUGUGGACUCUCUUAUGAAUGUCUACAAUCCCAGAUUACAUCACUCUGCUUAUCCCUAUCAUCAUGCUUUGAAUGAGGAAAAUCUUACGGUGGCCGCUUCAACACAAAUGCAUGUCCAUCAUGCGGCGGCUGCUCAUCAUGCUCAACAAUUAAGGCAUCAUCAUCACCAUCAUGUGCCCAGCCAUGCUCAUCCUCUGACACCAGGGGGAGCCAGUCACAAUGGUGUUCAACUGGGAGGCAUUAGUUCGGGCACAACGACCACCACAUCAUCGGGCAAUUCACCUACAACCAUUACUACUCCUCAUGGGCCCGCUCAUGGCGGUUGGUAUACACCGGAAACCCCACCAUCGGAGCCCAUCAACAACUCUAUCAACAACAAUACUCCCACCAAUACAAACAACAAUAAUAAUAAUCAUCAUCAUAGCAAUAACAACAGUAAUAAUCAUUCAGUUAUCACCAGCAGCCCCUCCUCGGUAGUGCCCGGUCACACUUCACUGGGCUUUAGGGACAUGAUUUUCGAACAAAACCAAUCGUGUCAAAUGGAUACUGGCAGUCCCACGGGCAGCAUACAAUCGGCCAGUCCACCAGCCCCUCCCGUCUCAUCGGCCGUCUCAACAAAUGCCGCCGCCGCUGCUCUCAUCAGUUCACAUCAUCAUCACCACCAUCAUCAUCUAAGCGGGAAUUUAGGCAACUUGGGAAAUCUCAGCAACUUGUCUCACUAUAGAUCUCAUGUCGGUCACUAUCAAGAUUAUGGCAUUAAGUAUGGCGUUUAAUUUAUUUAAAGCAAGCAACAUCUUCAUCGUCACCUGUACAUAAAAAAACGUAGAACUACAAAAUCAACAAUAAAUUGUGUAAAUAUUUUAAUAUUCUAAGCAUUUAUAAUUCUCAUAUAGUUUAAUCACGAACACAAAACCAUUAAAC